ACUCUGUCCUGAUGCGACGCUGCGGUCUUCUCUGCGCAGAGAGAGCAGAGGGUGAGAGUGAGCGAAUAAUUGAGCUGACAAGAUCGUUGGUACCAUAAGAAGCUGAAAGCUGGGGCGUCUAGAGAGAUCUUCGAGCAAAAUUUUCAGCUUUUGAUGGAUCCGGAGAAGGGCUCUUCAGAGGAUACGCAAAUGGCAUUUGUCUUGUUGAUACCUGGGGAAGGAGCAGCUGCAGCUGCUGCUGUAGCUUUAGCUUCUUCUGGAGAAGCUGUUAGAGACCCAAAGGUGGAACCUUCGGAAGAAUUCUCCAGUGACGCAAACGCUGGUGAGCGCAAAUCCCCCUCUCGAACUGGAAUCGUUUCCCCUGAGAUCGCCGAGUCUUCUUCCCUCCCCAAGAAGCCCCGCCGAGCUCCCCAAACCCAGUCCCUCGUUCGCCGGUCUUCCAUCUCCAAGCCCAAGUCCAGAUUUGUCGACCAAUGCCUUCCUCCAGCUGCCAUAUCGGUCGGUGACGGUUGCUCGUCGGCCUAUGAUCGGGUGCUGGGCUCGCCGCACCAUGGCUCCCCGAAUUCCAAGGCAUUUGGCCUGCUUACGACUCCUUCACAUGCCGAGGACGAAGAGGAGGAGGAGGAUGACUUUAAGAAACAACAGUUCUCAGAUGGUGGGGCGGCGCGGAGGAAGUGGAAAAUUAGGGUCUUGAUUGAGUGGGCGAUACUCAUCCUCGCAAUGGCCUGCCUGGCUACGAGCUUGACAAUUAGCCGGUUGCAGGAAUUCGUAAUUUGGGGAUUGGAGAUCUGGAAAUGGUGCUUGAUGGUCAUAGUAAUCUGUUGCGGCCGAUUGGUGACAUAUUGGCUCGUCACCAUCGUCGUGUUCUUGAUAGAAAGAAACUUCCUUUUGAGAAAGAAAGUAUUGUACUUUGUCUAUGGAUUGAAGGACUGCGUUCGGAUCUGCAUUUGGUUUGGUCUAAUUUUAGUUGCUUGGAGCGUGAUAUUCUGUCAAGGAAUUCCAGGAUCACCCAAGACCAUGAAAGCUCUUAAUUAUGUGUCUCGUGCACUCUCUUCACUACUUAUUGGGUCGGUGUUGUGGUUGGUGAAGAUCCUUUUGGUGAAGACACUAGCUUCCAGCUUUCAUAUGAAUACAUUUUUUGAUCGAAUCCAAGAGUCCAUCUUUCAUCAAUAUGUGCUACAAAUGCUUUCCGGUCCACCACUAAUGGAGUUGGCUGAGAAGGUAGGGGAUGCAAGAGUUACAUCACACUUGAGUUUUAGGAGCACCAGAAAGGUGAAAGGCAAAGGCAAAGAAGGAGAGGGGAUAGGGGUGAUUGAUGUGAGAAAGCUUCAAACGAUGGGACACAAAAAAGUGUCAGCUUGGACUAUGAAGGGAUUAAUCAAUGUGAUCAGGGGUACAGGUCUUUCGACAAUUUCCAAUGGUAUAGAGAGUUUUGGUGAAGAGGAAAGUAAGCAGAAAGAUAAGGAGAUAACUAGUGAAUGGGAAGCAAAGGCUGCAGCUUUCCAAAUUUUUGAGAAUGUUGCAAGGCCUGGGUACAAGUAUAUUGAUGAGGAAGAUCUUCUAAGGUUUUUGAGUAAGGAGGAACUGACUUAUGUGCUUCCAUUGUUUGAGGGAGCUGUGGAGACUAGAAAGAUAAAAAAAUCAGCCUUAAGGAACUGGGUGGUGAAGGCAUAUCUUGAAAGGAAAUCACUUGCCUAUUCCUUAAAUGACACCAGAACUGCAGUAAAGCAAUUGCAUAAAAUUGCAAAUGUUAUCGUCACCAUUCUUAUCAUCAUUGUUAUACUUAUUUUGAUGGGAUUUGCAACAAUGCAAGUUCUCGUAUUCAUAUCAUCUCAGUUGCUAUUGGUGGCUUUUGUAUUUGGAAAUACCUGCAAGACAAUCUUUGAGGCAAUCAUAUUUGUGUUUAUUAUGCACCCUUUUGACGUAGGUGAUCGCUGUGUUGUUGAUGGUGUUCAGAUGAUUGUGGAAGAAAUGAAUAUACUAACAACUGUAUUUUUGAGAUAUGACAAUGGGAAGACAUACUAUCCAAAUUAUGUGUUACUGAGGAAACCAAUUACAAACUUCUUCCGAAGCCCUGACAUGAAUGAUUCCAUUGAGUUCUCAAUUGAUGUGUCAACUUCAUUGGAAACACUUGAAGCUAUAAAAUCUAAAAUAAAAGUGUAUAUUGACAGCAGACCUAAUCAUUGGCAUCCUAAUCACAGCAUUGUGGUAAAGGACAUAGUGAAUAUUAAUAAGAUGGACAUGACUCUGAAUGUUUGCCAUACUAUGAACUAUCAGAACAUCGUGGAGAAGAACAACCGAAGGUCUGAUCUUGUUCUUGAGCUAAAGAGAAUUUUUGAAGAACUAUCAGUUCAGUAUCACCUGCUGCCUCAGGAAGUCCAGCUUAGCUAUACUGGCUCAACUCCUUUAUCUUUAGCUAAUGGAAGCAUUUAGUGUUAUCUCUCUGAUGUUAUCAGAAUUAACAAGCUACCUGAGCCUCCUGAUAUCGCUACGAUGUUCCUGAGAUGACACAUACUCCGCUGGGAUGUUGUUUAGGUGCCUUGCAUCAGAUUUAUUAUCGUGGAUUUUACUAUGUAGAGUAUAGAGCUCUAUGUAAUUCCAUUAGUUGUUGCUCUGGUUUGUUCUUGUACAAUGUGCAACAAGAAUUAUACAAGUUAUGGAAUUCCAUUGUGUUAAUUGGUUUCAGAAAUGAUCAA